AUGUCGCCACCACCAUCGCCACCUCUACCACCAUUCACCACCCACCAUCACCGCUACACACCACCACCUCCACUGCCACCCACAAUUACCAUCAUCACUACCUCUGCUACUACCAUCUUCCACCCACUAGCACCGUUACCUCCACCACCACUCAUCACCACCACCACACAUCAUCGUCGUCACCACCCGUUACCGCCACAUCCGCCACCACCCACUACCGCCACAACCAUCCACCACCACCACCAUCAUCGCCAUCGCUUGCCACCUUCACCAUCGUUACCAUUUCUACCACCACAUCACCCUCCCCUCCACCAUCACGACAAUACUAUCACUGCCACCACCACCGUAAUCACCUCCGCCACCGCCACCACCACUACCACUGCCAUGCCAUUACCAACACCUCUGUCACCACCACCGUUGCUACCUCUACUACUACAUCACGCACAACCUCCGCCACUACUCAUCGCUGCCACCAUCACCAUCACCAUCACAAUUACUACUGCCACUAUCGUCAUCACCUCUGCAACUACCCCACAUCACCUAUGUCGCCAUCAACACCACUACUGUCACUGUCAACAUCACUCCCACAAUCACCAUUAUUUAUUGUUUUUAUAA